CCCACUCGUACCUCCAGGAGCAUGAGCAGGGCGCGAGGGAGGGGGAUGUAAGGAAGGUAGAGCAUGAACUGAAGCCAAAUCCUUGCGGGAGGCAGGAGUGGCUGGUGCAAGAGGAGGCGUCGGGAGGGGCGGGCCGCCGGAGAAAUCCAGCGCUGGGCCGCCGGAGACCAUGGGGUCUCGCGCCGCCCCCCAUUGAUCGGAUCUACCCUAGGCCAGAUCAGGGUCGGUUUUGGGGCAACAAUAGGCGUCAGGUGUUCGUUAGUAAUCAGCCAUUAUGCAGAACUAUAGCAGGCUCAACAAACUGCCCACAAUAGUUGAAGAGGACGAAUAAGACAGGGGCGACGCAAAUAAUGGCCCUACAUUCAGAUGUUCAGUCCAGAAGGUUUACUCUGUUAUAUCAUAGUUUGACCAGCAGAAACGAGACAUAGUUAACUCUAUGGGUUGGGGUGGCACUCUAUCCAUUCCUCUGAUCAACAAAUUAAGCGUCAGGCAUAUGGUUUGGCUUCUAGGGAUGGUGGAUGAGGUCAGACAAGCCAUUAUUUUCGGACCGAGUAGGGUUUUUAAGUUCAAUGAGAGUGAUGUUGAGAAGGUAUGCGGAAUCCCGACAGCGGGAACAGAUGUCAUGGACAAAACUCUUGACAGAAGUGAGACUGUAUAUGCAUACUUGUGUGGUCGUUUGGGGAUAGAGAACAAAGAUAUAAGAAGCUUGAAGAGCAUACAGUCGAUACUGUCACGUGACUAUAAGGGGAAGAUGUCACAAACAGAGGUGGCUGCAUUCAAAACUGCAUACGUCGUAUUCAUGAUGACACAUGUAUUCGCACCAACAGCCAAGAACGACUACUUCUACACUGACUAUUGGCCCGCACUGGUCGACCCGGAUAGCUUGGAUAAGUUCAAUUGGGGAAGUUAUAUUGUCGAAGUACUAUGUGCAGCAGCCGUUAAGAUGAAACAAGAUAUUCAUAGGAAAGCCACGGUGUCGAACAUAACAGGAUGUCUACUUUUCCUACAGGUGUUCUAUCUAGACAGCAUUUAGUUGGGCGAUUUAAGCAUGAAACAUGAUGUCUUCCCCAGAAUAAAAGUUUUCACCGCGGAUAAAAUUAGAGCUAUGAUCAAUGCAGACAAAAGGCCGGUGGAUUCAACAAAGAACGGAGAUGUCAUGUUCGACAUCUCAGAACCACGUGAUGCUGCUAGUUCAGCAUAUUCCAGGGCAGAUGUCGAAGAUAUAGCUCAACAACAGGAGGAUGCUUGGGCAUGUGCAACAAAUAUUUGUGAUGCUAUGGGAUUGACGCAUCAGGCUAAACUUAACCUGUAUAAAGAGCUCAAAGCACACCAGGAGAGCAUCAUGAAGCAGGUUGAAGUUAUGAAUACAAGUUUUUAUGGGAAGAUUUAUAGGAUGUUGAACGAUAACAUCGGCCCACGUAAUAAGGGUGUAAUGCAUACAUCCGGGCCGACGAUAAUAAAUAGGGACAACAAUGCCAUGAUAUCGUCAAUAGUGGAAGCUAUUACGGCUUAUGAUGAUGUGAGCAGCCCAGAAAAGAGGACCACGGACGCUUGCAUUCAGCAUGCGCAAAAUAAACGCCCUCGUGUGGAUCUCGAUGCACCAAGCAACACAGUAGCAUCACAACAUGUUGGGGGCGGAGGUCUAAUUCUGAGCUGGAUGUCGAUCUCAACGUGGCCGACCUACUGGCUAGUACGACUGAGGGUAACACAAUGGAUGUUAGGAAUCGUGUAACCACAGUCUGCUGGGACAAUGAGCCGAGUUUUGAUUUAGGUUUGGAUUUCACACCAUCACCCAAGGUGGGCAAGAAUACGUCCGUCGGUAGCAGAUUUCAAGACGGUGGUUAUGAUUUAUGCAGAGUUAUGUCGGACGGGGACGCCGCCGACAUUAGUAAUGGAUCACAAGGUGCUACAUCAUCUUGCGUAUCGUGGCGGAAUGAUGGCAUCGCGGGUGGGAGUAUUGAUGGCCAAGGACCAAAUCAGUCAUCACACACACCCGGCACAUGUCCUUUGGACAAUUUGGGCACACCUGCAAGUUCAGUAUCUGGCUCUAUUCCUCACUACUGGUACCUCAGUGAGCAGACAAGGUCGUCCUCACCUACAUCCGUUGAUAAGAUUAUUCAGGACUACUUUGUGUUUGAAAAGGACACAAGGUUUAUGGACAUUAUUAACCUCAACGCAAAGACUCUGGAUUUCGACGUCAGCAACUCGCCUGUGGUCAAAAAGAGAACUGUGUCACACACAAACAUGACGGCAGAGCCAUGCAUCACUGCUCUGGCAAAUCAUGACAAAAAGGUCAUAGAUGAUUUUUUUUUCUGCCUCGCAGCAAGUAUGGAAGAAUCGCAUGCAGA